GAUACAUUCUUUGACUCUAAUCAAACUUUCGUCGAUAAGGCCGAAACCUCAGAGAGAGACACUCCGAAGAUAUUAUUACACGACCAAAGUAACCACAGCUUCACUAUGACUGGUGCUUUACCUAAGAACUGCUGCGGCCGAAGCGGUAGUGCUGGAUGCGUUUGCGCCGCCGAGGCUAAGUGCUCAUGUGGCAAGAAUCCUGCCAUGCACUGCAAUUGCGAGAAAGCGGCAACUGAGAAUCAGGUCCCAGUUGAUGCUUGCGCUUGUGGAAUGAGGGAGAAAGGUUCUUGCACCUGUAACCGUGCUGCCAUGGGCAUUAGCUCAAGUGCGAACGAAACCGACUUCACAGGCAAGGCUUAGUGGAAUGACUGGCUCUCCAACUUAGUCUCAUGAUUGUCUGCAUGGAUGGCGUUCCGGAGUGUAUUAUAAGUGGUUCCAAUUGAGCAUGGAGACGGAGAGAUAGCUGUUUAGGAUUACAAGCCAAAACACGCUGAGAAAAUAACUAACCCAUCAAGUACGUGCGCUACCGACACUGGUAUCCGCUCUUUACAUUGUUCUUGCGAAUCUUUGGAUUUUUGUGAAUGAAACGCCACCUUUCUCCAAUUCCACUCGCCGAUGGCCCAAAAAAAAUCAGAGUUACAUUGAACGCCUUGGUUAUUCCAUUGACCGCCCACUGGCC